AUGGCAGACAUGCGACGCUUGCCAUCAGUCGCCCUUCGACUCCUUGCCAUUUUUUCAGCCUUGCUCUACCUUACAUCUGCCGAUGAAUUCACCAACCCUGCAAGUGGCACCACCGAUCUCUCCAUCCAUUACACAGUGGGAGACAAAGUUGUCAUUACCUGGGACUCCUCGUUGGAAGCAAUAACUCUGCUUGUUUCGCAUUGGAAUGGUGGCGACGUGGGAGCACUAUUAUCCAAUGUUCAGAAUACGGGGUCCUACACGUGGACAAUAGGAAAGGACGACAACAUCGACGAUGCCGCCAUCGAAUCAAGCCCGAAUUUUGUUCUUCUCAUCAGAGAUCCGACUGGCGCCGACAACUCAGGUAUAUCGGGCUGGGUUGAUGGACAGCUCUCGAGCCCGGGGUUUAUAAUCCAGUCCAACAACGUGGUGUCAUCCUCCUCGGAAUCCUCUUCAUCCUCGAGCACCUCGACCUCGACCUCGACCUCAACUGCGACGUCGACCUCUUCCACAACGUCUUCCGUGUCCUCGAUAACCUCGUCUCCCUCCGCCGUCACGACUCCGCCAUCCUCCCCAUCCCUCACAGACGCUGGUGGUGCCUCGAUAACAUCAGCCGCGCCAGUCCCGGUAAAAGCAGAUUCAAGCGGACUCAGCACGGGCGCCAAAGUAGGCAUUGGAGUCGCUGCCGCUGUGGGAGGACUACUGCUCAUGGGGCUGGGCAUAUUCUUGGGUCUGAGGUGGGCGCGCAAGACCAAAACAAGACGGCACCCCGAUCGGUCCCACGUCGACGACGGCAUGGUCCCCACAUCCGGCCCAUACUAUCCGCCGCCCGCGCCACCACAAAUGGGGUCUCUGAGCAAAACAUCAGGAUAUGGCUUUCAGCCUGUGAGUGAGCUGCCGACAACAGGACCAUACUCGCAGGGGAAUAGGCCGAUUCACGAGCUGGGUGGUGCUUGA